CCCCAACCCCCCCAACCCCAGCAGAGCGGAGCUCGUCGACUCGCCGAGUACGCGACCCGCGAGCCAAACCCUACCUUCCACCCCGCGACCUCGAUCCCCCCACCCCCACCCCUCGGCGGCGAUGAGCUCCUCCAACAACGGCGGUGGCGGCGACAAGAAGCCGGCGUCCGGCGGCCGCGGGGGCCCCACCAUCCGCACCCUCGCGGACAUCAGCCGCGGCCCGUCCGGCUUCCCUGGGGGCGGCGGCGGCGGCGGCAGCGACUCCGACGAGCCCCAGGAGUACUACACCGGCGGCGAGAAGAGUGGGAUGCUUGUUCAGGACCCAACAAGAAGAAACACUGUGGACUCAAUCUUCGAACAAGCUAGACAGAUGGGUGCUCUCCAAGAUCAACCGCCUCCAUUUGAGGAUCAAUCUUCCAGUUCAAGAAGCUUUACAGGGACUGGUCGACUUCUUUCAGGAGAGACAGCACCAGCUGCACCUCCACCGCCUGGGAAUGUACUUCACAAUAUACAAUUCUGGAACAAUGGAUUCACUGUAGAUGAUGGUCCGCUGAGGGACUAUGAUGAUCCUGCAAAUGCUGAUUUCAUUGAGAGCAUCAAGAAGUCCCAGUGCCCCCAGGAGUUGGAGCCAGCUGAUAGAAGAACACCUGUUCAUGUGAAUGUUAUCAAACGACUGGAAGACUAUCAGGCUCCUCUAAGGCCUCCAUCACCCUUCCAGGGUGUUGGAAGAACCCUUGGUGGUGGAUCUUCUGCAGAAGAGAGCCAGGCACCAGCUCCUGCCACUCAAGAACCCCGCAGGUCCGUUGGAAUAGUUGUGGACGACUCGCUCCCAUUUACAUCCAUACAGCUAAGGCUGGCCGAUGGCACUCGCAUGGUUGCCCGUUUCAACAUGCACCACACGGUGGGCGACAUCAGGUCUUUCAUCGACGCCUCUCGGCCUGGGGCUACAAGGCCCUAUCAGCUGCAGACUGGUUUCCCGCCGAAGCAGCUGGCUGAUCCAGCACAGACCGUCGAGCAAGCUGGUCUGGCGAACUCUGUCAUCAUUCAGAAGAUGUAGGCCUAGGGGCACGUCUCAUAUGCUAUCUUUGAAACAAGAACCCGGUGUCCUUAAAUUGUCGAUUAUCAUGCCAGAUACUGUACUGGAAUACAUUCUGCAUCGAACCAGACUGCUGGUUUCAUCGACAGACAGACGAUAACAAUAGCCAUGUCGGUUUUUAAGUGGCAUCAGUGAAGUUCAUAAUCCUAUUAAUAGUAAUUACCUGAAUUGCAACAAACUGUCGUGCCUCAAUUUGAUCCUGACUAAUUGUUGCUUGAAAAGCUGUUAACUGUUCAUCGAGAUAUAUCAUCAAAUCAUUCGUGUUCAUUUCAA